AUGGUUUAUCUUUUAAAGCCAUUUGAAGAAAUUACAAGAUACGUUUGUGGAUCAAAGUAUUCAACAUUAAAUCUUGUUAAUCUAAUUUAUGGCUCUGAAGACACAGAUACUAGUAAUGAUUCAAGUCUUAAUAGUGAUAACGAAUGGCAAUAUGCACAUCGAAGUGCAUAUUACCGUAAAGGUUAUGUUAAUUGUUUUGGGCUUUUAGAAAAAGCACGUGCUGACAUUUUUUUGUCUAUUGAUGAAUUGUGGAAUACAUCUAAUAAAAUGGGGUUAAAAGCCUCUAUUCUAGAUCCACGGGCAAUAAAGCUACUUCUAUUUGCUACAAUUCCGGAACGGGAACAAACUGAAGCUCAAAUUCGUGCAGAAUUAUUAUUACUUAAAACUCAAUUAGAUGAUUCAAAUA